UCCAAAUUUCAGCCCAUAGUUCCCGAAGGAAAGGGGCAAAGGUCCCCUGUAGACUUCCCUCUCUAAAUCUCAUCUUUAAAAUGCCGACUUUUUCUUCAGGCUUUGCUGCCAAAUUCCCCUUUGCCUUAGUCCAGAGAAGUAAUUCCUUCCCUGGCCACCUGACAAAAUUUCCCAUCUUUUCUGACAAAAAGCAUAACCGCCAGAAUCUAACCAACUUAUCCGUCUGUCUGUUGAACUCGAGGUCCAACCAGAAUAAUCACUCUGCUUCAACGAUGGAAGAAAUCAACGGGUUGGAGUUUGACACACCAUUUUCAUCAGAAACAAAGGAUGAGUUUUCCAAAGAAUUGGAAGUUGCUGUUAAAGCAGUGCAUAUGGCUUGUAUGCUGUGUCAAAGAGUUCAAGAAAGCUUGGUUUCUGAAACCCAUGAGGCCAAUGAUCAACAAGUUCAUUCCAAGGAUGACAAUUCUCCUGUGACAGUCGCAGAUUGGAGUGUCCAAGCAACAGUGAGCUGGGUCCUUUCUGAGGCUUUUGGCAGUGAAAAUGUUUCAAUUGUUGCGGAAGAAGAUGUUGAGGUACUGUCAAAGGCUAGUUCAGCUGACCUACUUAAAAAUGUGGUAAAGAAAGUGAAUCAAUGUUUAGCCAAAGCCCCACUAUUGGGACUGGAAGCUCCCUCGAGGCCUCUUGAUAUGAGAGAGGUUCUAAAUGCAAUCAGUCGAUGCAACUCAAGGGGUGGCAAAAGUGGAAGGUUUUGGGUUCUUGAUCCUGUUGAUGGCACCUUGGGCUUUGUACGUGGGGAUCAGUAUGCCAUUGCUCUGGCAUUGAUAGAAGAUGGAGAACCUGUCAUAGGAGUACUUGGAUGUCCAAAUUACCCAAUGAAGAAGGAUUGGCUGAGCUAUCAAAAUGGUUACCGCAGACUUUUAUCUAGAUUGACCUCACCAACAUCAGAAGCUUAUGCCAAGGGGUCUGUAAUCUAUGCCAGGAAGGGUAGUGGCAAAGCCUGGAUGCAGACAUUACUCCAUGGAGAUAAGAAGUUUGUUUGGCCAAACUCUGCAAGGCAGAUUAAAGUAUCCUCCAUUGGCAACCCUGCAAUGGCUACCUUCUGUGAACCAGUUGAGAAGGCAAAUUCUAGUCAUUCCUUCACAGCGGGGCUAGCUCAUAGUGUUGGAAUGAGGAACCAACCGUUGCGUCUGUAUAGCAUGGUGAAGUAUGCAGCCAUAGCCCGAGGAGACGCUGAGGUUUUCAUGAAGUUUGCCAGGACUGGUUACAAGGAGAAGAUAUGGGAUCAUGCAGCUGGAGUGGUAAUCAUUGAAGGGGCUGGUGGUGUGGUAACUGAUGCUGGAGGACAGCCACUAGACUUCUCGAAAGGCAUAUAUUUGGAAGGUCUUGAUCGGGGUAUAAUUGCCUGUGCUGGAGCUGGACUGCAUGAGAAGAUCCUGAGCGCUGUGGAAGAUAGCUGGAACAGUUCUAGUCUUUAAUAUGUACUGUAAUUGAGUGGAUCAAGAAAAGUUAAAAAGACCUUGGGAUACUUUGUACAAAUGAUAGCAGAAGUUACCGUUUGUUCCUGGAGGCUUGCAUGGCUUUGCCUGUAAUGCUGCUGUUUCUCAAAAGAUAGUGAAGAUUUCACAUUUCUUACUA